GUUGAAAGGCUCCAGCUUCCUGGUUUCGGCGGCAAUGCGUGCAAGCUAACAAGUCUGGACGUUUUUGUGUCGAAAAGAUAGUAAAUUACUAAGAUAUAAUAGCGGGAAUUGCACAACAUUUUGCACAGCAAUGAGUUUACCUCUGAACCCCAAGCCCUUCCUGAACGGACUGACAGGCAAGCCGGUGAUGGUGAAGCUGAAGUGGGGGAUGGAGUACAAGGGCUACCUAGUGUCUGUGGACAGCUACAUGAACAUGCAGUUGGCGAACACAGAAGAGUACGUGGAUGGAGCGUUGGCUGGUCACCUUGGAGAAGUACUUGUUAGGUGCAAUAAUGUUUUAUAUAUUAGAGGAGUAGAGGAAGAAGAGGAGGACGGAGAAAUGAAAGAAUGAUGGAGAGGAUGAGACUUGCAACUGAAGAUCUGGAUGAGUGUUGUGUUUGAAUCUUUGUUUUUGCAUUUUCACUAUGUGGAAAAUGGACUCUUGGGAAGCAAGUUAGCUUUAUUUGUGUGAAACUUUCAAGGAAACAAUUUUUUUUUUUUACUGUUUAUGAUCCAAUAUGAUGUAGCUAAUUACAUUUAUAUCACUGUAGAAAAAUAAAUAAAAUAAUGGUUAUUGUACCCUUUCCUAAA